ACAAAGAAAAUUUUGAGAGAGAGUGUGUUAACUACAAAAAAUAUUAUCAAUUUAUAUAAGUUAUUAAGAUUUUUCUUUUUAAAGACAUAAAAAAUAAUUAAGACUCUAAAAUAUUAACUUCCUAUUUAUUUAUCAGUAUUUUUAAAUUUCACGGCAUUUUAUGAAAGUUUUGUUUGAGUUUUUUAUUCAUUGUUAUAAAACGUGUAAUAAGUGUAAUAACAAUAAAUUUCAAAGAAAUUUUAAACAAACUUUUCUAAACUGUAAUAAUGGUUGAAAAUUUAAACAAAAAUGAUUAAAAUAGCGAUUCCUAUACUUGUUUGUUUUUUCUUCAGUAUGACUAUUGGGAAUGAACAAGAAAUACAAGAAUGUUCAAGACAAAUUUAUAUGACAAAUGGUGUGAUAUUUUCAUUGAAAGAUGAAGAACAAGAUAAACUAAUGAAACUGUUUAUUGAGAAUUUUACUUAUGAAGAAAUUUUAAAGUUCCUUAUUUUACCAGAUAUAACAAAUUACGAACCCGUCUAUUAUAGUAAUGUAGCUUUUGAUUUAAUUGACCAAGAAAACAUUAUUCAAGAUUUAAUUUUGAGAGCUAUUCCAGGGAUUAACUUUGACAAAUUUUAUACAAACAAAUAUUUCCAUUUGGAAGACUACACGUUGCUAAAAACUUUUCGAAAUAUUGACAUAGCUUUAAAAUUGUUGAGUAGAGCAUACCGUUUUACAUUUGGAAAUAAUAAAAAUUGUGUAGAAGAUGGCAUAAUAAAAUGCAAAAUAAUAGCUUUAUUAAAAAAAACGAAGAAUAACAAUAUUCAACAUCAAAACUAUCGUUGUACUAAAGACGAAUAUUGUGUAAUUAAAACAGUUUACAAUGAUGGCAAUAUAACUAUUAAAAGAUAUUUUGACGAGUAUUAUGAGCCUUGGAAUGAAUACGCUGCUGUUACAAUAGUUAAUGAUAAAAUAACGUAUGAUUUUUUCGGAAAUCUAGAUUAAACAAAAAAAAGUUAUUUUAUGUAUAAAACAAGAGUGAAUAAUAUAAAUAUAAAUAAAAGUAAUCAAAACACAUUA